CUCUUUGCCCUCCUCUCCCUUCUUCUCUGUCCAUCCGUGGCUGAGAUGGAAGGCCGAGUAGACAGCUGUGUCACAGGUCGGUUUGGACAGAGUGGCAAACGCCUGUCCCCCAGGCAGUCUGUGGCAGAGUGGGUGCAACAGCGACCCUGCAGAGGCUCCCUGAGGAGGCGUCUGUCUGUAGAAGCAGUGGCUGCAAAGGCUGAAGCCUGGCUCGGAGUUGUCCUCAGCUGGAAGAGACAGGCCUGGGCCCAGCAUCGCCAGCAGCCAGACAGCCGCAGCAGCUGCUGCAUUGACAGCAGCAGGACACAGCAUGGUGGUGAAACUGGAAUGUACAAAAAUCACACAAAAGACACCAACAACAACUGCAAUAAAAGCCUUCUCUCUGAUCACAAGGGAAAGCUUGUCCAGGCUAUUAAAAGAAUUAAGCACGAGGUAGAUGAGUGCAGAGACGCAGAGAGAGAGACAUACAUAGAUUCAGUGCAAGUAGAGGUCAGUUUUGAUGCCCUGGAACGAGACAUCAGAGCUGAGUUUCAGAACAUCCAUCAUUUCCUGGAUGAGGAAGAGUGUAAGGAGCUGGAGCGACUGAGGAUAGAGAGACAGAAACAACUAAAGCAGCUGAAGGAAAGAGAGAAGAAAAUAGCAGCGCAAGGGAGAGACCUGGAAAGAGCGAUCACAGUACUCAACAGCAAACUAGCUGAGGAGGACAGUCCUAAACUACUCAAAGAAAUUCAAGAUCUCAUAAAAAGAUCUCAGGUCAGGUUUGUUGUUCCAGCGGAGGUGGACACUGAGGUACGCUCCGGCCAGUUUGUGGGGCCCAUACAGUACAGGAUAUGGAAGCACAUGAAAAGCUGCCUUUACCCAAAUAUUACAUCAAUGACCUUUGACCCUGAGACAGCCCACCCUAAUCUGUCCCUGUCCCAGUCUCGCACCUCAGUGUGGUUUGAGGAGGAUAAGGACACAAAGGAUUUACAGUUCAACCCACAACGGUUCCACUAUUAUUACUGUGUGUUGGGCCAUCAGAGCUUCACCACAGGCCGACACUACUGGGAGGUUGAGGUGGGACGUAAGACAGCGUGGAGGUUGGGCGUGGCACGAGAAGAUGUCCCUAGAGGGGAAAUGGAUGCCUCUGGCCCUUCCAGUGGCCUCUGGACCCUGUCCCUGAAGGACGGAUCUGUCCAAGCCUGCACCGACCCAAAGCCCACCAAGGUCAACGUCUCUGUCCGUCUUGUCCGCAUCGGCGUGUUCUUAGACUGUGAAAAGGAGGAGGUGUCUUUCUAUAAUGCUGUAACCAUGGGUCCAAUCUACACCUUUACUAUGGGAACAGUUGAUGUUCCUUUGUUCCCCUUCUAUAAUCCAUGUGACACAGAUGAUGGGAAGAACACGGCAGCCAUUAAGAUCUUUAACCCUUCCCUAUAAUGAGGGGCUGCAGAGAUUUCCAACACAAAUUGUUAAUUUUAUAUUAGUAUAAUUACUGUAAUUGGCAAUUAUUUUGAUUAUCAAUGAAUGGUCAGGAUUAUAUUUUUCAAGCAAAAAUGCCAUCACCUUGGGUUUUGGCAAUUGGAUCUUGACAUUUUAUAUACAAAAUUAUUAAUUAGAAGAAUAAGAAAAUUGUUAGUUGCAGCCCUGAUUAUAUAAUGCACUUUCAACUUGCUGAAAAAAUGUUGCGAAUAAAGGAACUCUACAUUAAAUGACUUCAAGAAAUGAUUUUAAAGAAAAUACAUUCAGUAUGUUACUGUGUUUUUCAGUUUUUAAUGCACUUCUUCUUUCACUGUGACUUUAGAGUUUGACUUGAGUUUGAGAAAAAUAAACGUGGUGAAAUAUGAUGCUUCAAA